CACAAGUUUAUAUAACAUGAGAAGAAGAAAGGGUGAGGCCUGGUGGGUGUGCCAAAUGUGACCAUUUAUACUGUCUAAAUAUCUUAUUGUAGCCUGGAAGAAGAUAUAUAGUUUUUAUUUAGAUAAAUGGGUUCAAGAAUUUCGUUAUGGAUGCUGAUUGUUUGCAGUCAAAUUUUGGUAAUCACAGCUGUGACAGAUGGAAAUGAUGUUGGUGCGCUAAAUGCUAUUAAGUCUAGCUGGCAGAACGUACCACCUAACUGGAGGGGUUCAGAUCCAUGUGGAAGUAAAUGGGACGGAAUUAACUGCACAAACUCACGUGUAACCCAUUUAGUGUUGGCAGGCAUGGGGGUGAAAAGUGACGACAUUGGAGACAUUCCAUCACUUUCCCAGUUGAUAUAUUUAGAUCUUUCCAACAACAAAGGAAUUAAAGCUCCUCUUCCACCAUCAAUUCAGAAUUUGAAGAACUUGACCACAUUAAUACUGGUUGGUUGCAGUUUUUUUGGUCCAAUUCCUGAUACAAUAGGAUCCCUCGAGAAACUAAUAUUUUUAGGUCUGAAUAAUAACAGCUUCACUGGAAUCAUCCCACCAUCCAUUGGUAAUUUACGCAGUCUUUCAUGGUUGGAUGUAAGUGGUAACAAGCUUGAGGGACCCAUUCCUGUGUCUAAUGGACCAGCCCCUGGUCUUGAUAGGUUAAAGAAUGCAAAACACUUCCAUUUAGCAGAUAAUCAGUUAUCUGGUGACAUUCGAUCUGAACUGUUCAGUUCAGAUAUGACCCUACUACAUGUGAUAUUCAACAAUAAUCGGUUAACUGGAAAUAUUCCUUCCUCGAUAGGACUUGUGAGUACUCUUCAGGCAGUACGCCUGGACUCAAAUUCCUUGGAUGGGAUAGUGCCUCAAAACAUUACGAAUCUUAAAAGUGUUAGUAAGCUAUACUUGUCGAACAACAAACUGAGUGGACCUGUUCCAAAUCUCACAGGAAUGGUCUCCCUCUUUUAUGUGGACAUGAGCAAUAAUAGUUUUGAUGCAUCAGAUAUUCCUACAUGGUUCUCAGAACUUCCAUCUUUGACAACAUUAUUGAUGGAGAAAACUCAACUUCAAGGAGAAAUCCCAUCAACUCUCUUCCAACCUCAGUUGGAGAAAUUGUUGCUAAGCAACAACGGUCUUAACGGAAUACUAGAUGUGGGCAACACCUAUAGCAGUGAAUUGAAUGUUGAUCUGACAAACAAUUCCAUUCUUGACUUCAAUCAAAAAUCCGUAUACAAUAUGACCUUAAAUCUUGCAAGUAAUCCAGUUUGUGAAGGAGGAGCAACAGGAACAUAUUGUGCAACUGGAAAGACGAAUAUACAAAGCCGUUCACGAUCAAAUGGCUGUGAUCCUGUGGGAUGCGGUUCAGAUAAAUUGCUAAGUCCCAACUGUACAUGCGCACAUCCGUACAUAGGAACCAUAACUUUUUUACUCCAUUCUUUCUCAAACUUAGAUAACACCACCUACUAUACACUUCUCAAUGAUUCUUUGAUGUCAGCCUUUAGGAGCAAACAACUUCCAGUAGAAUCAAUAUUUAUUUCCAAUGUAUUUGUUGGCGAAUACCUUCACUAUACAUUGCAUAUCUUUCCUUCUGGUCACGAUCGUUUUAAUCUUUUAGAAGUCUCUUCGAUAGGAACAGUGAUCAAUCGCCAACAACCAAACCUCAUAGUUCUCCCACGCUUUGGUCCCUUCUUCUUUCUUGAUGUUAAUUAUUUUGAAGGAGACAAGUCAUCGAAUCAUGGUGCUAUCAUUGGGGUAUCAGUUGGCAGUUUUGUGAUUGUAUGCCUGGCUAUAAGUUAUGCUAUCUAUCAGAAAAGACGGGCAACACGAGUGAGACAGAGCGAUCCUUUUGCAUCUUGGGUGAUGGAUAAUGGUAGUGAUGCUGGUGGUGUUCCUGAACUGAAAGGAGCAAGACUUUGUUCAUUUGAAGAACUCAAAAGAUGCACCGAUAAUUUUUCAGAAGAAAACGUAAUUGGAUCUGGGGGCUAUGGGAAGGUUUAUAGAGGGACUCUUAGCACUGGUCAUGAAGUCGCGAUCAAAAGAGCUAAACAAGGGUCAUUGCAGGGUGCUCAAGAAUUUAAAACAGAAAUUGAGCUUCUUUCAAGGAUUCAUCAUAAGAAUGUGGUAGCCCUUGUGGGGUUCUGUUAUGAGCAAGGUGAACAAAUGUUGGUGUAUGAGUACAUUUCAAAUGGUACUCUAAAGGAUAACCUUUCAGGGAAGUCAGGAAUGAGGCUGAAUUGGAUGAAGAGGCUUACAAUAACUCUUGAUUCUGCCAAAGGUCUGACAUAUUUGCAUGAGCUUGCAAAUCCUCCAAUCAUACACAGGGACAUCAAAUCAAAUAACAUUCUGAUUGAUGAUCAUCUUAUUGCUAAGGUUGCUGAUUUUGGUUUGUCCAAAUUGUUGGGAGAUUCAAAGGAUUAUGUAUCUACUCAAGUGAAGGGGACACUGGGUUACAUGGAUCCCGAAUACUUCAUGACCCAAAAGUUGACCGAAAAGAGUGAUGUUUACAGUUUUGGAGUUGUACUUUUGGAGCUUUUAACUGCAAGACCACCAAUACACAAGGGUAAAUAUAUUGUGAGGGAGGUUAAUGAGGCGAUUGACAAGAAUCCAAAUGAACUCCACAAGAUUCUUGAUCCAUAUCUUGGUUCAUCCAAAACAGUUGGAGGUCUGACCAAAUUUGUGAAUCUGGCAUUGAGAUGUGUCCAAGAUUUAGGAGUUGAUAGGCCUAAAAUGGGAGAUGUGGAAAAAUUGAGGACCUUUAUCAUCCAUAUAGUGAUUCAGUCUCUGAUUCGAGUAGUUUGUAUGUACCAUUUGAAACAGAACUACGCAGGUGAAAACAUUUGGAAACAAGAUUGUAAAAAUGUGAAUUAA